AUGGCGGGGGCCCACGCCUUGGCGACGGGGUCUCUUCCACGUCACAGCGACCGCAUUCAUCUACCCAAUCGGGAAACCGACAGCAUUUACUCCGUGCCCUCCUGCAACUGGCAUCAUUCACACCCUUAUCUUCGCCCAAACCUUGGCAUUGGCCCCGUGUUCCAUUGGCCAACCUUGGCCGUUGAAGGCCUUGCCAAGAGCUCUUAUAAAGACACCUCCCAUCCCCUGGAGCCCAACUAUUUCCAUUGGGUUAUAGAUAUCAAGAUGAAGGUCUCAGCCACACUCUUCCUCUUGCCCAUCCUCUUUGCCCUGGGCUGGGCACAGUGCCCGGCUCCGGCUGACCUGAAGCGGGAAGACGGCACCAAAGCCUGCGCCCUCCUCUACACCGAGAACAGCCCCUACUACGACCAGUGCUGCGCCGGCAGCGUCUUGGAGGUCCAGCCUGGUGAGGACCAGCCAUACAUGCCCUCCGCCUUCAACAACAAGGUCUCCUCCUUAGUGGUGGCCCAGCGCUGCGAGCUCAACGUCUGGUCCUCCAAGGCCAAAGGCGGCAAGACACGCAAGUUCAAGACCGGAGCCUUCCCACGGCUCCAGGAGUACCGACGGGGCAUCUUUGGAGACUGGAACAACGCCAUUUCUGCCUAUUACUGCACCUGCAGCUAAAGUGGGGGCCCAGAAUGGUGCCAGGUCUCAUCAAGAAGAGACCAUGCUUGGAUCAGGUAGGACACCAUGACCCCAACCCAAUAACAUUGCAAACUUCUCUCCUCUUGUCCAGAAAGCUCCUUCUCCAAAUACUCUUGAAGUCUGGCUCAUUGCUGUAUUGGUACCUAUGGUUUUCAGCUUGAAGCAACCAAGAAGAGACCUUGCUUGGAU